AUGAAAGUUGGCUUAGUGCACGAAGCAAUCUGCCAAGCCGUCGACCAAGGGAUUGUUGAGUUUGUUACUAGUAUAUGUAAAGCAAAUUCAGAACUGGUAUGGAGGUCUGAUGAAAUGAAAAGGAGCAUAUUCCAUCUUGCCAUUAAAAGUCGCCAAGAAAAAGUUUUCAGCCUUUUGUAUGGGCUCUCUAGGGGAGCUACAUUUACAAAAGUCCUUCCGGAUAAAUUCAACAACAAUAUGCUACAUAUGGCUGCAAUGUUGUCGCCAAUGCAACAACUUAAUCGUAUAUCUGGUGCAGCUUUGCAAAUGCAAAGAGAAUUACAAUGGUUCGAGGAGGUGGAGAGUUUACUACCCAUCCAAGCACGUGAAUCUAAAAAUUAUACAGAUCAUAUGACACCACGUGAAUUGUUUACCAAGAACCACAAGGAAUUGAUGAAGGAAGGAGAGAAGUGGAUGAAAGAUACAGCAAACUCUUGUACAGUUCUGGGUGCUCUUGUAAUUACCAUCGUAUUUGCUGCAGCAAUUACAGUCCCGGGUGGAAACAAGGAAAGUACAGGAUUUCCUGUAUUUCUUAUGGAUAAAAUUUUUAAAAUAUUUAUAAUUGCAGAUGCUUUAUCACUUGUUUCUUCAACAACUUCAUUGUUGGUGUUCUGGGGAAUCGUCACAUCACGUUAUGCAGAAGAAGACUUCCUCAAAUCCUUGCCUACAGCAAUGACAAUAGGCCUAUCAACUCUACUGUUCUCUAUCAGCACUAUGAUUAUCGCGUUUUGUUCUGUCCUUCUCAUGAUGUUCAGUGUCCAUUCAUGGUUAAUAAUGCCAAUUGUUGUUCCUUUUAGUAUUCCAGUGGCCUUAUCCAUAUGGAUGCUAAUUCCCCUCCUCACAGAAAUCUUCUCGUCUACCUUUGGUCCAGGAAUAUUUGAUAAGAGGGUCAAACCUUGGUUUUAG